CAAAAGAGGGCGACAAAAUACUACUGUUUCCCGAGCUGACAGACCCCGUAGACUUCCAAAUUUAUCAAGCAACAAGGUCAGCCCAUGGAGCAAGGACUGUUGCUGGUUGGAAGAUUAUUAUUACUCAACUUUUUAUUUGGUACAAAGGCCGCCGAAGUACCGACGGAAGCCCUUGCACGAGAUUGCCCCAUCAGGCACGAGACAGGGGGGGACGUCCGAACUGUGUGCCCAAGUACGACUUGCAAGGCCCAGAUUCAACCCAGCUGCAACCUUCUCGGAUUAAAUUUGGACCCCGUAAAUGGACGCAGAUUGCAAAAUGACAGUGAAGCAGCAGAUACCAUGUACGAGCGAGACCCCAGCCUUCCCGCCGGAGAGAGCGCGGAGGAGGAGACAGAAGACAGCAUCAUGUCCCCCAUCCCCGUCGGGCCCCCGUCCCCUCUGCCCAACAACCAGGACUUCACCCCCAAGGAGGGCUCCCCCUACGAAGUCCCCGUCUACAUUCCUGACGACAUUCCCAUCCCCGGCGACCUGGAGCUCAGAGAGUCUUCCGUCCCCGGGGCGGGCCUCGGGAUUUGGGCCAAAGCCAAAAUCAGGCUUGGGGAACGGUUCGGACCCUACAGCGGGACGCGGAGCGCCGCGGUCAAAGAGACCACUUUCGGAUGGGAGCAAAUGCUAAAUGACCAUGAAGUAUCCACCCAGGACAACAGCAUCAAAAAGGCUGUGGGUGACAUGGACAAUGUGAAGUUCUGCGUAGACUCCAGCCUGGAAGGCACCGAAUGCUGGGUAAAAUACGUGCGGACUGCCCCGUCCCUGGAGGAGCAGAACCUGGCGGUGUGUCACCUGAGCGACGAACAGAUUUAUUAUAAAGCUAUUAGGGAUAUUGAAGUGGGGGAGGAGCUUCUGGUUUAUAUGAAGGACGGAGUUUUUCCCGAGGGAACCAUGGCGCCUCACCUAGAAGACGAGCCCAUGUACCGCUGCGAGGACUGCGACGAGCUCUUCCCCUCCAAGCCGGACCUGCGGCGCCACCAGAAGUACUCCUGCAGCAGCGCCGGCUCCCUGUUCGACGCGCUGGGCGACGACUUCAAGCAGGAGCGCGAGGACAGCGACGGGCCCGUGCACGAGUGCAAGGACUGCGAGAAGAUCUUCCCCAACGAGUACAGUCUCGGCCAGCACAUGAUCGUCCACACGGAAGAGCGCGAGUACAAGUGCGACCAGUGCCCCAAAGCCUUCAACUGGAAGUCCAACCUCAUUCGCCAUCAGAUGUCACAUGACAGUGGCAAGCGGUUCGAGUGCGAAAACUGUGACAAGGUCUUCACAGACCCCAGUAACCUGCAGCGUCACAUCCGCUCGCAGCACGUGGGGGCCCGCGCCCACACUUGCCCAGAAUGUGGCAAGACCUUCGCCACCUCCUCUGGUCUCAAGCAGCACAAGCACAUUCACAGCAGUGUCAAACCUUUCAUCUGUGAGGUGUGUCACAAAUCCUACACCCAGUUCUCCAACCUCUGCCGCCACAAACGAAUGCACGCAGACUGUCGCACCCAGAUCAAGUGCAAGGACUGCGGCCAGAUGUUCAGCACUACCUCCUCCCUCAACAAGCACCGGCGCUUCUGCGAGGGCAAGAACCAUUACGCCCCCGGGGGCAUGUUCACGCCGGGCAUCCCCAUGACCUCCAGCCCCAUCAUGGGCAAGUCCAAAUCCCACCAGGGCCUGAACCACGUCGGCCUGGGCUUCAGCGAUUACUUCCCCUCGCGCCCGCACGCGGGCCUGCCCUUCUCCCCGACCCCGCCAGCCUUCCCCACGCUCUCGCACGGGUUCCCCGGCAUCUUCCCCCCGUCGCUGUACCCCCGGCCCCCCCUCUUACCCCCGAGCCCCCUCCUGAAGAGUCCCCUCAACAGCAGCCAGGACGGGAAGCAUCCCAGGGGCCCUCUGGACCCCGGCGGCCUCCCCGUGGUCUCCUCUCUCAACAACAACGGCAACGGCGGCCACGGCAACCAGCUGCACGACAAGGCCGAGUCCAAGCUGGACGCCUCCUACCCGAACAGCAAGUCCAAGGUGAAAAUGAGCGACGUGUCGGACGGGAGCGACCUGGAGGACGUCAACACCACCAGCGGGACGGACCUGGACACCACCACGGGGACGGUGUCGGGGUCGGACCUGGACAGCGACGCCGAGAGCGACCGCGACAAGGGCCGGCGGAAGGCGGCGCAGGAGCCCAAGCAGGACGACGUCAGCAGCAGCUCGGUGUCCAUCUCCAGCUCGGGCAACCUGCCGUGCGACCGGCCGCUGCUGGCCUCCCACCACUCCUUCUUCCCGCCGCCCGACGAGCAGGCGCUGCCGCCCUCCGGCGCCGCCACCGACUCCAUCAAGGCCAUCGCCUCCAUCGCCGAGAAGUACUUCGGCCCCGGCUUCAUGGGCCUGCAGGAGAAGAAGAUGGGCUCCCUGCCCUACCAUUCCAUGUUCCCCUUCCAGUUCCUGCCCAACUUCCCGCAUUCCUUGUACCCCUUCACAGACCGCGCCCUGAACCCCGGAAUGUUCUUCAAGGCGGAGCCCAAGUCUCCCAGGGAGCCCCUGCAGAAGAUGGGGGUCCCCGGCGCCGAGUCGCCCUUCGACCUCACCGUCAAGCCCAAGGAGGCCAAGCUGCCGGUGCCCGCCAGCAAGCUGGCCCCGCCCACCAGCACGCCCCUCCUGUCGGGGGAGGAGCCUCUGGACCUCAGCAUCGGCAGCCGGAGCCGGGCCAGCCACAACGGGGGCACCCCGGAGAAGCGGAGGAACCACGUGUACGGGGGCGGAAAGGGGCUCCCCAAGGACGAGCACCCCGCCCUGCCCCCCCAGCACCACCACCACCCCCACCCCCACGUCCUGCACCAGCCCCUCCCCCAGCACCAGCAGCCCCUCCCCCAGCCGGCCCCGCCCCAGCAGCAGCCCUCCCUCCAUUACGCCAAGCCCUCUCCCUUCUUCAUGGAUCCAAUCUACAGCAGGGUGGAGAAGAGGAAGCUGAUUGAUCCUGUAGGGGCACUGAAAGAGAAAUACCUGCGCCCCUCCCCCCUGCUCUUCCACCCGCAGAUGUCCGCCAUCGAGAACAUGACGGAGAAGCUGGAGAGCUUCAGCUCCCUGAAGCUGGACGCGCCCGGCUCCCUGCAGCACUCCUCGCAUCACCUCUUCAACUUCCGCUCGCCGCCCCCCUCGCUCUCCGACGCCAUCCUCCGCAAAGGGAAGGAGCGCUACACCUGCAGGUACUGUGGGAAAAUCUUUCCCAGGUCAGCUAAUCUUACCAGGCACUUACGAACACACACAGGGGAGCAGCCCUACAGAUGUAAAUACUGUGACCGGUCCUUUAGUAUCUCCUCGAACCUCCAGCGACACGUGCGCAACAUCCACAACAAGGAGAAGCCCUUCAAGUGUCACCUGUGCAAUCGCUGCUUUGGCCAGCAGACAAACCUGGACCGCCACCUCAAGAAGCAUGAACACGAGAACAUCCCAGUGAGUCAACAUUCUGGGAUCCUUUCGAAUCUGGGAACAAAUAUCUCCUCUCCAAACUCGGAGACAGACAAUCAUGCACUUUUAGACGAGAAGGAGGACUCCUACUUCUCAGAAAUCCGGAAUUUCAUUUCCAACAGCGAACUGAACCAGGCGUCCAGCUCCACAGAUAAAAGGCCAGACCUCCAGGAAGAGGAGCGCCCACAGAGCCACGCCUUCCCCAACUCCAAGCUGAGCGGGCGGGCGGCGGAGGAGGAGGACGAGGAGGCGGAGGGAGACGACGAGGACGAGGACGGGAGCCUGACGGAGAAGUCGCAGGACGAGGCGGCGUCUCCGGCCGCCCUGCCGCAGGGAACCUUCGAGGACGAGGAGGAGCCGGCGUCGCUGUCCAUGAGCUACGAGCACACCCGCAGGUGUAUUGAGGAGGAAGAUGCAGGGCUCUUAGACCUGGACCCCCUCCCGAGCUUCAACAAGGGCCUGGACCUCCAUAAGGCCACAGAGGAGCCCUUUGAUGUUAAAGACAUAUUUAACACUUCCUUAGAGUCGGAGGCUCUCAAAGAGACGCUGUACAGGCAGGCUAAAACACAGGCUUAUGCAAUGAUGUUGUCUCUGUCUGAAAACAAUCCUUUGCACGCAUCCUCCCAGAAUUCUCUGGAUGCUUGGCUGAACAUGGGAGGGGGCACCUCGGAGACCAGCAGCUUUCACCCGCUCAAUCACAUCUAAGAGAGAGGGUGUGCGUGAGAGAGAGAGAGAGGAAGAUGGGGAGAGAGAGAGAAAGAGAGAAAGACAGACCACAUGAAGGACAAUGUGACACCAGGAGGAGAACACAAAGGACCUGGGGCUCCUUCCCUGUGUGUCAGUGGCCAGAGAGAGGCAAAGAGGCAGCCCUGCUCAUCCCUGUCAAUCAGACAGCCCCGCCCACCAGCCACCACCCUGAUCUCAGAUCAGCCAAUCAGCCUCAGCCAGGUCAGGCCGAACAGGAAGGACAAAAAAAAACACACACAAGUAGUCGCCACAGCAACUGCAUCCAGAAGGCCUGCACUAGUCAAGGGGGAGGCCAAUGCAAUCAACUAAUGAAACUGGAACUCCAAGGCAGCAGUAAGGUGUUUGUAAGAAUAAAAACAGUAUGUUGAACACAGGGUUUGAAAAGAGGUUAGUUGUCAAUGACAAAAAACAAAAGCUGUAGUCACAUCAUGGAUGUGAAAAUUGGAGUUCAAGUUUAAAGGAAGUCUGCCGUGAGCAACAGUACCGUGUACUCUUCUACCAAUAUCCCUAAAUCAAAAUGAAUGUAAUAUGCUCAUUUUUCUUCUGGUGCCUCCCAGUAGACACCAGCAAAGAGAAGGAUACAGUUCUUCUGAGCUACAGUUCCACUGUACAUUCCCCUCACAGUCUUAGCAAAGCUGCUUCUGCAGAGCAUCUUUAAUGAGUUUUCAUCAGGCACAUUCCCUGCUCAACAUCCCAUUCAGUAACGAUCACAAAACCAAGGACACCAACAAAGCUCUGGCUUGAAAAAAAAAGUUAAGUACUGAGGGUUCUGGAGAGGCUCACUAACAAUGAUGUAACUGAACAAACUUUCCAAAAAACAUUCAGCGUGAUUCUCAAAAUAGGACAGGCUAGGAAUUUCAAAUUUGUUUGAAAAUAUAUCAAUUUAGAAUUUAAAUUAUUACCCAUUGGGGCCAAUAGUAAAAAUAAAAAAUAAUAGUAAAAAAAAAAGGAUCUUUCUUCCUCAUUAAAUUCAAAUUCAUUUUUUAACUCAACAUUUUUUGUAUGUUAUUUGUUCUAUAAAACAGUAUUGUUUCUUUUUUAGGCACUGCGGUGCUAAAAUGCUAAUAUAAUUAUUUAGUGAAGGACCAAAAUUGUAUGAUAUUGUUCUAUGUUGUACAAAAUAACCAGGACGUACGUAGCAGGAGUGAUGUGUGCCAAAUAACCCAUAGAAAAUGUUUUGUUUUCUGACAAUCAUUUCUUUUUGAAGGGUUUUUUAUUUGCUGUUGUAGUUUUGUUGUUAUUGCUUUCUUGUAGGUUUGUUUGAUUUGAUGGGUUUUGUGUAUCUUAUUUAUUUUGGUUGUUUUGUCAUUGUUGAAGAAGUGACAAAUGAAAAAAGAAAAGAACUCCCUUUUUAUCCCACUUGAGUUUUCUGAAGGAAAAGUGUGUAAAACGGAAGCUGUAACCGAGAUUGUGAAUCUCAGAUAUCGAUGCUGUCGUGUAGAGACCAGUGUGCCAAAUUUUAAAAGAAAUCGUGAUACCAUCUGUUUUAUUUAUGACGAGAAGUUAGUUGUAGUUCAGCUCUUGCUUUGCAAUUAGUGUUCUUUGUGAGGUUUGGUUUGUCUUGCUGCAGUCCAACAAUUUCAUACUGUAUGCAGGGUGUUUUGUGUGUAAAAAAAAAGGUUUAGGUUUUAUUGUAGCCAUUCUUGGACACAUUCACUUAGGAACUGGUGUAAGGCCACUUAAAAUGUCAGGUGACCUGAAUGUCUGGGCAUUGCAUUUUAUAAGUAAUCUGCAGUAUGUAAAAUAAGAUCAUGCAUUUUACACCCUCUCUACUACUUUCUUAAUCCUGUUCCAGCAGUACUGUGAUCUGUGGUUGCACAACCAGUUUCAUGGUUUGUGCUUUUAUUCUGUAAUUAAUAGUUACAUUCAACAAACAUUCACCUUAUAGAAAAACAGUAACAUCCGACUGUGGGACAACACAAAGAGACGGCAUGGACAGGGUUUUUUUUAAUUUUUUUUUUAAAGCUGUCAACUUCAACCUGUAUAAUUAUCCUUUUCAAUAUAUUCCACACAGGUCUGUCAUAGUGCACAUCUUUUGUAAUAUUAACAGAUCACUGCAAAACUGAUCAUUGUAUAUGACUGUUCACUUUUGACUGUGCACAACGCAAGGACCGCAGCAGAAAAGAACAGUAGGGCACAUAUGUACAUGUGUGUGUGGCAUUCAAUGAGAGCUGUGCCGAUCCUGAUUGGCCAUCUCAGGAAGGGCGGGUGGGCUUUGGACAGGCCCCGCCCAAGGGCAGCAUUUGGUUUAUCCUGUUGCUAGGAUUCCAGGUGUCCAUCCAUCCGUCAGUUAUCAGUAGGGUCCCAGCACAGCACUUAUACAGAACUGUGAAGCCAGUGAGUUAAUCCUACAAGGGGAAAACAAGAGCAACUUGUUUGCAACAAACGAGUCUGUGCGGACAGUUAAACGAUAAGCUUUAUGUCAGCGUCCUUGGUCUGUUGUAGUCCCUCAGCAAAACAGCAUCACUUGAAAAUAUUCGGAGAAAUAACAGAGGUUGUAAUGGUUUUUGUGUCCUAACCUCCCCCAUAGCUUUCAUUUGAAGUCAAUCAUUCCAUACACCCAUUUCAGUCAGUGCAAAACUUGUAUAGCACUUAACUUUUGUGAGCAUUUGUGUCACAAUCAGCCACUGGAAUAUUCAACAUAAGUGUGCUCUGUUACCUUGAUGCUGGUCACGUUAAGAGAUUUCAGGAUGAGGCUGACUUGGUUCAAACAAGCACUUUAUCUCUUGGAGAAAAAUGCCUGCAGAUGCUGUAUAAGGUGGAUGUAAUCAAAAGUCAGAGUACUGACUUGAACAUACCCAGCAAAGCAAAAAUCUGUUUGUACAUUUUUUCCUGAAGUACGAACAUUAAAAUGUAAGCCUCCUGACUGUCUUAGAAAGUUGUAGAAAUAUCUCUCUGGAGAGAUACAAGCUGCAAAUGUUCGAAUGGCAAAUGCUUUCAGGCUGAGUAACAUAAAAUGUUCAGAACUCUCUCUCUCAAAACUCUCUGAAUGAUCUACAGUUCAUGAUUUAAUGUGUUGGGUAGCAAAAUGGGUGAUUUAUCUACCAGCAAAGACUUUUCUAAAACUGAAGCACUGUAGUAAACAAAUGUGCCAGCAGGUGGCAGGGUUGUAUCAGUUUUAUUUCAUGCAUAAAGUCAGGCAACCAAUGGACAAAGUAGUAGAAGCAGUCUUCACAAGAUUUGAAAUGGGUAUAUAUAUAUAUACAUUAAUUUGCAGUAUUUUAUUAUAUGCAGAGGCAUACUUUGAUGAAUAAAUGUGUGGGGGAAAUUAUAUCUUGGGUAACUUCAUGUCACAUACUACUGUUGUAAGUGUGCGCUGUAGGUUAUAGAAUAAAUGAUUCAAAUAAGGAUCACAUUGCCAGCUAUUUUAAGGAACUAAUGAAGGGUCACUGACUUAAUAACUUGACAUGGUCACUGUUCUUUCCCCUCUGUUACAGUACAAACUAAGAUAAAAUGGUUUCGUUUAAACUGUAUAGUAUUCCGAAAGCAAAGUUGCAUUUGUCUGAAAAUUCAUUAAAAAUAUAUGGGUUUAAAAUGGAUGGUGCUUGUUUCAUUUUGGAUUGGAAUUGUAUAUCGCCUCUGUUAUGUUUAUUAAAAAAAUAAUGUGCAUGACUUGUGUUUAGCAGUCAUAAUGGUGUCCAUUUGUGAAAUGUGUAUCUUAAAUUUUAAAAAGAGUAAAAAAAAAUUAAAAAUAAAAAAAAAUCCGUAGAUGCACUUAUUGUACAUGUGGUUAGGUUAGUAGAUUUGAGACUUAAAGUCCUUUACUGCCUUAAAAAAAACACAAUGGGCAGAUGUCUAUUAAAUAAAUACCAUAUGCUUGUGGGAGAGAAAUAAUGAAAAUCUGAGAAGAUUGUAGAAUAAUAUUGAAAACUGAAAUUGCGGUUCUUUUUGAUGCUUGUGAUUAUUGAAGAUGUACUUUAGAGAAAUUCCAUUGAAAAAAGAUCUCUGAUUCUGAUGUUAAUUCUGUAGAAUAGGAAUGUAUACCAAAUGUAAUCUUUCCAAUGCUAUGAAGAAUUUAUACAUGAAAUUGAUAUGCAAUAAAAACCUGUGUGCUUUUUAA